AUAACCUAAAACGCAUGUCAAGCAAGAAUGAUUGAUGAUCAGUUCACCAAUGGAUCAGUUGUUGAUUAUCACUGAUUAUUGUUUACACGACUAUUGAAGACUACAAGAUAUUGUUGUGACAAUCAAAAUGCAGAGUGCAUCUCAUCGUAUUACUUAUUUUCAGAUAUACAGAUAUAUUAGUUCAUCUAAUACAUAUUUGAAUCUUUCUAGAGAAACUAGAUUUAUGAAAAAACUACUGAAGGGUAACAAGUCGAAAAGGAAAUGGUACUAUUCGAAUGCAGAUUUAGGCAGUAUCAAAAAUACAAAUGCGACCAAUAAAGCGCUCUCUAUGCACACAGUACGCAGAAUGACCAUUCGGGAUAAACUUUUUAUGAAGCAUAUAACAGACUUGAUAUCAAUGGGAGAAAUAUCUGAUGUCUUAAACAAAGACAUAGAAGUUACUCAUGUAAAAAUAACAGCAGACUUUAAAUAUAUAAAUGUGUAUUGGAUACCUAUCGAAGAAUUUGCUCCCAGUGAAAAAACAUUGCAAAAAUGUGCCAAUAUUAUUCGCCACAAACUUUCUGAGCUUCGUGUCAUUGGAGUAAUACCACCUAUCCAAUUUGUUAGAAAUUUACAGUAUUCAAUAAUGGAACAAGUAGAGGAAAAAUUGAAAACACUAACUUUAGAACAAGAAAAUGACCCUUUGUCAUGUUCCGAACUGUCACAAUUGUUUUCCUCAGAUGCAGAUGAUCAAGCUUUACAUGAAGAAGCAAAUCUAAAUUAUCAUUUUGAUGUAGAUAAAUCUGAUACAGCAUUACCUGUAAUGAGACAUGAUGUUUUAGGAUUGGAUCAUUAUAAAAUAAUGUCAAGGAUUACUACUUCGUUAUCUAAAUCAAAAAAAGCUGUACAGAGACGAAUGUUAGAUAUAAAUAUUACUAGUGCAGAUAAUAGCUCUUGCGAUAUUUCAAGUUUCAGAGUUCCCAAUAUCUUAACAAAGCAAGAGCAACAAGAAAUGUUCUCUGAAUUUCUGAGAAAAAAAAGAAUAGAAGAAAAACACAGAAAUCGUGCAAAACGUGUAGAAGAACAGAAAUUACUAUAUAAUUAUGAAGAAACAGAACCUGAGUAUGAGGAAGAUUAUGAGGAAGAUUAUAAGGAAGAUUAUAAAGAAGAUUACAAUAGUGAUGUAUAAUGUAGCAAAUUUACGCCACAAGGUACAUACAAUGUAAUCAUAAAAC